CAGCCAGUCAUCUUCAAAACGCAAUCCAAGCUCUCUCUCUCUCUCACAAUUCGUAAACAACUGGUAACCUGCCGUAAAAACAUACACAAACACAGAGCAAUGGAAGCUCCGGAGUUCUUCAUCGGCGGUUAUUUUGGCCACGCCGUAGGAGACAACCAAUUAUUCGACCAGAAAACGAACGAUAAUAACAACCAAUUCGCUGUUGAUGACUUGCUUGAUUUCUCCAAAGAAGAAGUCAUGACCGACGGUUUUUUCGAUAACGUUACUGGAAAUUCAGCUCAUUCUUCGACUGUAUCCAUCCUUGACAGCUGUAAUUCCUCCGUUUCCGGUGGAGAACCUCCGUUCUCCGGCAAUAUCAGCUGCCGUAGCUUCAAUGACCCUCAAUUCUCCGGCUCCGAACUCUGUGUUCCGUACGACGACUUGGCUGAUCUGGAAUGGCUCUCGAACUUCGUGGAGGACUCAUUCUCAAGCGACGACCUCCAAAACCUCCAACUUACCACCGUCACAACCACAGCCCCCACCGACACCGCCUCCAUUUCCUCCACCACCACCACCACACUGGAGCUUGCAACCAUGCCAAAUAUCAACUCCUCUCCGAUAUUUCCCUCGGCCGUCGUCGUUCCAGGCAAAGCCCGUAGCAAACGGUCACGCGCCGCCCCAGGCAACUGGUCCUCCCGCCUCCUCGUCCUCUCCCCGGCCAAAUCAUCAUCAGAAAACAACACUCCACCCAUCAAAACGGCGUCGUCGAAGAAGAGGGAAAGUGCGGAAACCCCUGGCCGGAAGUGUUUGCACUGUGCUUCCGAUAAGACACCGCAGUGGAGGACGGGGCCGUUAGGCCCAAAGACUUUAUGCAAUGCGUGUGGGGUAAGAUACAAGUCUGGUAGGUUGGUUCCAGAGUACCGGCCGGCGGCGAGUCCGACAUUUAUGUCGGCGAAGCAUUCGAAUUCGCACCGGAAGGUACUGGAACUCCGGCGGCAAAAUGAGCUCCAGACACACCACCAGCAACAGUUACUUACGCAAACCUCGAUCUUCGGCGUACCCGUAUCGAACGGUAAUGAUUACGUGAUUCAUCAUCAGAGUGGUCAAGAGUUCAGGCACAUGAUCUAAUGCGUACCGGUCCAGGAAAAUUAAGCUGCACCUUUAAUUUUAACCAUCAAUUUCUUACUUUUUCCUAAUUUCUGAUGCUCUAGGUGUUCAAAAUUUUUUUUUGGGGAAAAUCUAAAAAUAGAAGAAAAAUGGAGGAAGAAGAUGGUCAAUUCAGUGUAGUGCUAAAAUUACGUUUUUCCCCUAUUCUUUUUUAAGUAUGAAUUUCUAUUAAAUUUCGGUUGCUUUUUAAUUGAGAAAAGUGAGGGAAGUUUGAAUUUGUAAUUUGCUUGGUGACAAAGUAAAG